CAGCGCUUUGGUGGUUUUGUGUUAGUUGUAAUUAACGUAAUAAACCACUUUUAUGCCCGCAUUUUUUUUCUUUAGGUUUUGUCGACGUUGCGUGGAUUUAUCGGUUUUAAAGGUCUCCGUUUAUCACUUAAAACUCCAAUGGCUUCUUGUCAGUUACCUUUACGUGUGUGGGGUUGUGGCAUUCUCACGUUAAGCGGCGUAGUAAGCCGGUCAGGAUCUAUUUUUGCUGCUGGCUGUCCUUCGUCAAGCCCCUGUCGGUGGGCGUCGUUCUCCCGCCACAGACUUGAAUCACUCCGCCUCGCCCGGAUCUCACUGUGACGUUGUGAGACCCUGAGGCGGUGGAGGGGGAAGCAAUGGUGUCUCAGGCUUAUUGGCUUAUUUUUAAUGUAACUAUUUAACUUUAUGGAGACAGCUUGACGUAUUUUCUCUGUCGUGUUUUAAUACAAUAAGGACAACAACGUAGUGAUGGGUCAAGUACACUAUUUACUAUUUGUCAUUUUAAGACUGCAAGUAAUGUUACAACAGACACAAUAUGCAUUUCUUUCCCUCACGUGAUCUCACAUUUAAAGCAGACGUUUUUUCCCAUUGUUAACAUAUUCUUGUUUCUAAAUAUGAAUUGAAAUCUGCGCCACAGCUUUCUUUGGUUAAUUGUUGGUAAAUGAUACCAAAUGAAUCGGGAAGUGUGUCAACUGGGUAAUUAGGGUGGGAUGAGAAUCCUCCCCAGCACUUCCGGAUGACAAUGAUCUAAUACUCUCCUGAGACACAGCUGAAAGAAAGUGCCUUUACCACUCAGCCCCUGUACUUUAAGACAUUUACUCCUUUUUGUGAGUCCAAUAUGAUAAUCUAGACCCGAAAUGCACCGAUUUAAAAAUAAAACAAUAGGAUGAAUUAAUCCAACCUUCUUCUUUGAUGUGGCGUUUGAACGUCGCCGUGGUGACAGCGUCACCCAGCGGCCCCUCUGCGGCCUGCAGCGAUCACGGCCCCGGCUGAGGACUUGCCGUGACAUGUCUGUCUGAGAUUAUGUCCAGACAUGUACCAGUGGUUCACACUGGAGGGCUCCAUGAGUCACUGGCUGCUCGGGCUCUUAUAAGAGCUGCCCAGUAUCGCCAGUCUGAGAUGCAGUAGUAGUUGAUCAGAUGAGUAGUUCACUUUGAGGAGACUUUAACUGGUUACAGAAAUGUGUAGAACGAUGGCUGGUGACGAGGUAACCAUGAGCACCCGGAGAAACGGCACCGCCCGACGAAACCUGUUCGGCCCCCUCGACAGAGAGCAGCUGCAGGUGGAGCACCGAGCUGCCCUACGGAGCGACCUGGAGGCCGCUUGCCAUCGCUGGGGCUUCGACUUCCUCUCAGAUAAGCCUCUGGAGAACAGCGAUUUCCAGUGGGAGGGCGUCCCGGCCACCAACGUGCCGCUGCUCUACAGAUCUUGUAUGCAUGGAGGUCAGGGGGUGGCAGGUCAGGGGGCUGGAGGUCAGGGGGCGGCGGUUAAGCCACAGGACAAGAAGGAGAACGCCCCAUGCUCACCAGAGGGAUGCUCACCCAGCCAGCAGAACCUGGAGGAAACGCCAAGGAGAAGAGAUAACACAGGGCUGAAGAGGAAACAGACAAACAUAACAGAUUUCUAUCACGCUAAGAGACGAGUGGUUGGGUUGCCACGCAAGUCCGGCGAGUGAUUUUCGCCCACAGCCCCGCUGUCAGGAAGAACUUUCUUUGUGCAGCCAAUCACCAGCAGGCAAUCUUCAAGAAAAACAAACAAGGGACCUCUGCAAUUGUUGUAUCAUGUAGCUAUACGGUUAAUUAGUGUUCUGUAUUUAAUUCGGUGGGUUAGUGCUUCCCAGUGGGAAGAGGGGGACAUUUGAGUAGUGGAGAUUAACUGUAAUCUCUCUAUCAAUGGAUUUAUUCUGGUUUGGAUCGCGGUGAUGCGAAAGUGUUCGUUCGCAACACUGCUACUUCGUAGAGACUGUUUACCUGAGUGAUGGAUGAACACAUUGCUGUAUACAGUUUUCAGAUUUCACAAUCAUUACUGAGCAGCUGUGACAAAUCUCAAGAUUGAAAAUGGCAGCGACUGCAUGAAGCUCUUCUGUUCAAAUCCACUAGUUAUUUAUUUUUUAAGAUAUUUUUUUUUGUGUGAAUCAUGAUGGCGAGAGUUUCUAUGUGUUAUACUUAAUAUAUUUAAAUACAGUUUUUUCUACUAUCUUGUACUCAUAGAAGAAUGUUUGAGGAGUUUGGAUAUCCUGUACGUGCAGUUGCACGUGUUUGGUACACAUAUAUUUGAGUUUAUUUAUAUACAAAUAUGUGUAUCAUAAAUGUAUCAAAGGAGUUUAAUACAGAACUAUAUAGCGUGAUCAGAAAAAAAGAAAUCAAGUUUUGCACAUCGGAUAGCUGACAGCACCCAGGAUCAAGGUCCGGGGGGGUUCGUAGUAGUCGACAGCUCUCAUCUGUCACAUUCACACACACACAUUCUUAGUCAUCCCCUCACUCGGGUGACCUGCACUGAUCGGAGUCAGCCAGGGUUGCUUUUAAAUUAAAUGUGUCUGUUAGUAAGCAUCGCUAUUGGCACCACCGAGUUUUCCUCCUCAGCUUCUGCAGUCCCGACGUGAUUUUUCCCCCAGUGGCAGGUGGUCUGCAGGCGUUGCCUCGGGGAUUGACCUACAGGGCAGACCUGCAGGGGGCUUCAUUUGUUUGGGUAGUUGACGCUUCUUAAAGGACAAUCGGAAAGAGGGGGGUUUCCAGAAGCAAAUUCAUAAUUUACUAAGCUUAAAUGCUUUAUUAUUUUUAUUAAUAGGACGCAUAGUGCAAUCAUAAUAGACAGUGUGUAUUAUCUGCUUCUCUAAAAACGUUUGUUUCUGUUGGUUGUUCCCGCUGCUAUAGUUAAUCUGAAUGGGUGUCGAACAAGGUCUCUGUAGAGCUAAUAGUAGCCUAGCAAUUACCAGUAUUACCCGAAACAAUGGAAGCACUUUCGGUUAGCGAAUGCUUGUUCACAGGUCCUACAUAUUUAUGUUAAAUUACAAAUGAAAAUAUAUAUCCUUAUUUAUUGUGAGAUAUAAUGACUCAUGUUAAUUUUGUUUCAUUAUUAUGACACUCCAAAAAUAAAAAAAAUAAAUGUACAAAUGACA